AUAGACUUUCUAUCUGCUGCCCGCCCCAAUUGCUUGCUAUACUUGAGUUCGCCAUGAAGCUCAUUCUCCUGACUGCCAGCUGGCUGGCUUUGGCUGCCGCAACGCCCAUCAAGCCUUCAGCUUCUGCAACUCCUACACCAACCUCAGCAAGUACAGGUACUCAACCGGAGACUACAGCCGCUAAACUCGAGAGUACAACCACAGCUGCAGAAGCUGCGCAGACUUCGGUUGAAAUAUCGGAGACUCCCAAGGCGGAUCUGGAUAAUCUGUGCACGGCAGGGGACACAAAGUCCGAGUAUGAUUCAACCCUCAGUCUCUCGAUCAUUCUAUCAUUGGGGAAACUAGAAGAAUGUGCAGGAAAUACCCUCGGCGACAAGCCUAUCAGUGGAGUUCUUGGUGGUGUGGGCAGUCUUCUUGGAGGUGGCAAGGACGACUAGAGAUUUUGAUUGAAGGAUACAAUUGAACUGCUGCUUAAUGUAAUAGACUAAUAGAUUUUUAAUACUGAGCAACUCAAUGACCAAAUUACUAUUCAUUCUUGCC